AUUCUGACUACCCUGUAUAACGGCUGACGACUGACACGGAGCAGCGGAAGGAAGCGCCCUUCGCCAACUCAAUCCAACCAGACCAGAUUGCGCGUGAGAGUGCCCUGUGUCUAAAGCACCCAACCGAACCACCAGUUCCUGUUCCUGUUCUGAAGGAUUGAUCUGGAUUGGCAAGUAGUAUUUCCAUUUCCUUUCUCAACUAGAAGAGGGAAGUUCGGAGACUGCCAAUUUUCUGGAUAUGCUCAAAAUGGACAAACUAUUUGUCCGCUUUCGGCACACUGCAUAACUAUAUACAUCCGGUUAUCGAUUUCGAUGCAUCUUGUAUGAUACCCGGGAAUUUUAUCAGGACAACGCGCACAAGCUUUGGUUACUUCCGACAAGUUAACGGAGAAUCACUUUUACCUUUCCCGAGGUACAGGAUCGCAAGAUAGUCCACUCAAUUUAUGUGAAUGUUAUUUCCGCUUGGAUUCAUUGGUUAACCGACUGUGUGAACAGCAUUGUGCUGUCGAUUGCAUAUCGCAUUUGAUUCUCCAGUGAUUUGCUUGAUCCGCACAGACACACUCGUUAAUCGCUUCGCCAACCAAUUGGAUCACGGUGCGCAUUGUCGGGAAUAAUUUUGACCAACCAGAUGUGCAUGGCAUUGAAAUGAGCAUUGCGAACGCACCACCAAUCCCCUCAGACUCCGACACUAGUUGGCCAGUAGCUAGAAUAAAGUUUCCCUUUGGGUCGAACAGCGAGUUCUGCCAGAAGCCCUUACCACUGAGCAUUGCGAAUCCGCCUACUGGCCCAGGAGCACUACACGAAUUCAUGCACUAUGGCCUGUUACCAGUUCCGCCAACCAGUGUGAUUGCGUCCGAUUCACACCCACCCACUGGAGCACUGUAUUCGUAUUCCACGGAUGUGGGUUACGUACACAUGGUCCAUUCCCCGACCUCAAGUCCAGUACAUUUAAGACACCCAAACGCCGAACAUGCAUUUGUAAACACUUCUAAUGCCCAAGUACCUCUUCCUCAGCCCAUGCUGAAGCAGCUGACAUGUCGGACACCAAUGACAACAUUUGAGUCCCACGGCGCAGCUCCGUUUGGGAGCGUCGGACAAAUGACUGAACCUUGGCCGUUGACCGUUCCACUGUCACAGACUGCAAAUAUGCUGGAUCCGUUUAUUGUUUCUCGUCCUUUGCUUUAUCCUGGGCAAACAGGCAGUUUAGUGUCUCCUAGUCGGGACCAAGACAGCUUUUACAAAGCCGCCCUUAGUUCGUACCCGCUAAGAGAGUUAGCCCUCAAGGCUGGCUCAGAUUACAUCAGUCCUUUUGAGAAUAGUUUUGCGACGUGUUCCGGCCCUCUGAACUCUGGUUUACGAGGAGUUAACGGUUUACUUACUUCUAUGGAAACUGGAUUCCACACUUUCAAUGGACACCGUCCUGUUGAUCACCUCGGAAGAGCGCAUGCCGUUCCAGGCAAUGGAUUGCGUACAACAGAUAGUCCGACACUGUCUUAUAAAAGUUAUCGUACCUCGCUUGGGAAUUCGGUUGUGAAUGACACAUUUAGGGCAAGAAAUGCAUCUAUGAGAAAUAUGAAAGUGAGUGAAAUGAAGCAUAGGCGAAAACGAGCAAGUUUGGGCGGAAUAAUUCAGAAAACAGAUACGGAUUUCAAUGCAGACGAGGAGCAAAGGAGCAAAUAUUCCGCCUUCAACUCGAACACCGACAACACUGAUGAACCAAGAACCAUGAGACCUUAUCUACAAUUAAGAGAUGGUUUUUCUCAUGAGCUAUACAGUAAGAUGCACAGGUUGGAUGACACCAUGGAGCGGGUUCCAGGACAACCUGCAAUUGAGUAUGUCACGUCUACUCCACAUGCAAACACGAAGCAGUCGCUGGCAACCGGGGCUGGACAAUGGCGACCUCAAUGUUCCGGACAAAUUCAGUUGUGGCAGUUCCUACUGGAGCUGCUAUCCGAUUCGCGGAACAUCGCCUGCAUCACCUGGGAGGGUACAAAUGGUGAAUUCAAGCUGGUCGAUCCGGACGAAGUGGCAAGGAGGUGGGGAGAACGGAAGUCGAAACCAAACAUGAACUACGACAAACUUAGUCGUGCCCUACGGUAUUACUAUGACAAGAAUAUUAUGAGCAAAAUCAAUGGAAAGCGUUACGCAUACAAAUUUGAUUUCACCGGACUUGCACAGGCGAUGCAGUCACCUACAUGUGGAAGCCCACCGGGGUCCGAUUCUCUCGGUUAUUCCGGUUCCCAAGCCCUCUCCACUCUUUUGUUACCUGUUGGGCACGGUUUUGGUCCACCUGCACCACCAACACAUCCCGGACUAACCAGUGCGUACCCUAAUCUUUUUGCAGCAACUCAGCUAUCUGCCCCUUGCCGUACCACUCUUGGGGUUACAGAUAUUUCGACCAACGGACAAACAUCUAAUCCGACUGGGCAGUCGUCCACCAUCGUCCCGAUCGCGGCCCCUGUUGCUGAAGCCACAGCUGGUGGCAGAAGUUGCCGCUCAACACCACCACCAUCACAUAUGACUUCCCCUGUCCCUUGGCUCCAAUCACCAGUGGGAAACUACCCCAACUGGUAUCCGCAAUCUGAGUCUUACGGGACGCAUCCUCCAGGAAGCGAAUCCGACACAGGUUUACCAACAAACACAAGGUGUGAACUACCUAAUUCACCCGUACCAGUCUAUCCCACAGUGAACGGUAGAUCUAACUCGUCACAUCUACUUCAGUCGGCCCGAAUGGCUGCGGCCGCAGCCGCAGCUUGUCUCAUCACGCCCACGGGCAAUUGUGCUAAUGCGCCAUCGCAUUACUUUUUACCUGAGACUGGACUCCCUUGCUCGCCGUUGAGGCGCGGCUCAUCCGUGCGAACCCUGCAAAGCAGGAUGGAAAAAUAUGCUUCCAAAGUCCCUCCUGAUCGCCGUUUCGACUUGACUCCAUCGGACCAGAGUUCUUUCGAAGAGGGACGAUCCCAGUUAGAAAGAAAUGAACCAAACGCUGUCCGCAACGGGAACAGGUCCAGUGGUGACUCACAGGGACAAAGCCCAAGACCCAAUUUGUUAACCAGGGAAACGCCGCCUGACAAUUUACUCUCCAUGAGACCAUCGAAUGGUUUCAUCCAACCAGUGGAUAGGCGCAGCACAAGUGCGUGCGGUAAUCUCGACUGUAGCAGCCGUUCCAUACAGUGCAAUGCAUCAAACUUGUCUAAAAAUCUAGCCUACGGUUCUGACAGUAAGCUCCCUACCAAACUGGAUCGUUCAUGCACUGCGCUCUCCGAUAGUCUUUCUAUGUGCUCUAGCCUAUACACAAACUCAACAUCCUCAAGGUUCUCUAACCAACUGUUACCCUAUCAAAUGACGAACUUGACCAGAGGCACAGUCGAGCUGAGUGAAGUGUACAAUGGAGUUUGAGUUUAAUAAUACACAAAUAGACUGCAGAUACCUGACC